AUGGGGAACAACGGCAGCAGCGCUAAUGGCGCCCGCGCAGGCGAGUGGAAGGGCCCGUUUAGCGACGAAGAGUAUGAGUGUCUGAAGAAUAAAUUUGAAGGAACCAUCGCGACAGCGUCGUCCGAAGCUGCGACAGCGAAUCUUCAGAUGUGGUUGGAGUUGCCGCUGCCUGCCACAGCGCCGGAGGAGCUGACAGCACCGUGUCAUCGUUUGGGCACCGCCUUCUACCAGUUGUGUCUGCAGACGAAAGAUGAUGGAGAAUCUAAUACUGGCAAGCUGGAAAUGGUGAACUUCGCGAAAGGAGUGGCACAAUGCGUUCGAGCGUCGUCGCAGUCAAUCUGUCGGGCUUUGUUCCGCCUGUUUGCGUCCAAUGCUCAAGCCAAUUCCAUGACGGAGCAAGAGCUGAGUCAGUUGCUGUUUGCCUGCUUGAUAAUGGCUGAAGGUGGAGAAGUGGAAGAUGUGGAUCGGAUGGCGGAUGCAGCAAAAGCUCUCGCUCGUGCUGCGUUGCCACCAUCGGCUGGGUCUACCCAGGCGUCUAGUGACGACUUUGUCCGAUGGAUUGGAUCUCAAUUCCCGCUUCUCUACACGAUUUUCAUGUCGUGGAUGGCACGAAAGAGUUUCGAGUCCCUCACAAAGCCAUCGUAUGAGGCGCCGCAGCUGUCGCACACGAGUGGCAUUCUAUCGAGGUCGCAUUUUGUGGCGUUAUCCACGGUAACUACGUCACUCCAAACACCUCUCAGCCGACUCUACACCAGCGCACAGGAUGGACUGAGCUUCAAUCGCCUCAGCUACCACAUCUUAGGAUACUCUGGACCAACCCUGACGAUCAUCCGAGACACUCAAGGAGCCGUAUUUGGUAUGUUCUGCGAUACUGAGUGGAAGGAGUCAAGUCGCUAUUACGGAGGGAACGGCUGCUUCCUUUUCCGUCUGGCGCCAGAGAUUGCCAUUUAUCGAGUAUCUGCGAGUGGAGCCAACGAGAACUACAUGUACCUGAACUCCAAGGGGUUUGCGCUACCACGAGGACUCGGCAUGGGAGGAUCGACAGACAAAUUCAGGUUGUUCCUGAGCGAAGACCUGGACGAGAACAGCUACACAACCGCCAAGUGUUUGUCCUUUGAACCUGGUCGUCUGUCUUCCGGCGAGCAAUUCGUGAUCGAUGCCAUGGAAGUGUGGGGAUGUGGAGGAGAGGAAAGUGACCUGAGACAGAAAGCCCAUCGCCAAGAAACAGCCGACCUGAUCAACCGAGCGCGGAAAGUGGACAAGGCGCAGUUCGUCGGCAAUGACUUUGACAAGGAAAUGUUCCUGGGGAAGACAUUCGGACACGGAACAGACAAAGCUCGCGUCGUCGACGACGAGCAGUAAGCCCAUGGAUGUAAGAGAGAGAGAGAGCCGAGCAUAUUUGUGCAGUUAUAUCAUCAUGAAUGCCUUCUCACAUCUUCAAA